GCCGCGCCCGCUGCCUGCGCGCUGCCGGCGGGAGUGGGAGCGUGUGGUGGCCGGGGCACUAUGCGUGUUGUCUUCUCCGCCAAGGGCCCGGGGCGGCUGCUGCAGCGGCUGCUGCUGGUGUUGCUGCUUUGCCCCUUCCUCUCGGGCAGGAGCCCCGCAGAUCCAACUAUGAUCACACAAGAUGCCAAUCAGUCUCAAGGAAACUCUUUGACUAAGAUGCAAGCUGAACUUAAUGAGUCUUCCGAUAAUACAUCUUAUGAGCCAAUAACACGAACUGUCAACUGGAAAACUCAGGAUAAUUCUCCAGAUGAUUUAACACUUGGACAUAGUGUAUCUACACCUGAUAUUACCACACAAGAGCUGAAGCAGGCAGCCAAUGAAAGUCUGUCUAAUGGCACUUAUGUGGAAUAUGAGGUACUUCUGCCUGGUGUUUCUGGUACUUCCGUGGGAAAAAAUAUCACUUUGAGCAGUGCAACUAGAAUUGAACUUUCAUGCAAAUUGGACAAGAAAUACCCUCAUUUGAGAGGUCUUCAAGUGACUUGGAAGAGAGGAAAUGAAACAAUCAGACACAUCAAUAAAACUGAAAACAGCUGGAGUAUCCAAUUGAUGAUCUCGGAUAACAGUCAGCUGGGAAAUUACAGUUGUACUCUGAAAGGUGAAGAAGAAAUCAGUGCUGUGUUUUUUUUAGAAGUACCGAAAAUUGAAACAAAAGAAAAACUCAUAGUCAGUUAUGAAAGGGAUACAGCUAUAAUGAUUUGUAAAAGUUCUUAUGCUCCCAUUUCUUGGACCUGGUAUAUGACCAAUGGAAGUGAACAGAUUACCAUUAACGAUUCUUUGCUGGCAGAUAAGUAUGUAAUUAGUGGAAUAUCUGCCAAUGUAACCCAGCUGAAGAUAACAAAGCUUACCAAGGAAGAUGAUGGUGUAUAUUUGUGUGAAGCUGCUUUUGAAUUGGGGAAAAGUAAAGGAAAACUGAAGCUCAAAGUUCUGUCGUUCAUUGUGCCUCUCAAACCCUUUCUGGCAAUUGUGGCUGAAGUUGUGAUUUUAGUAACUAUCAUUUUCCUUUAUGAGAUGUACUUGAAAAAGAAAGAAAAACGUGCAGAGUAUGAGAGAGAAUUUGACCAAAUUGAGCAACUUAAAUCAGAAGAAAGCAAUGGUCUGGAAAACAGUGGUCCUAGACACAGAAGAAUAUAAUCUCCUUCCUAAAAAGGAAACUUCAGGCUACAGGAGUGGAGAUGAUCAUAAAGCUACAAAAGAUUUAUGCUGCUGUGCAUUUUAAACAUCCACUAUGCUUUUAAGUAAACUCCUCUACAGUGAAAAAUAAGAUGCUCCUAACUGCUGGAACUGCUGAUUUUAUGCAGAUGACAAUGUACUGUAUGCUGCAUUUAGACCAUUGCUGUCUGUAACAUUAUCAUUUUACUGCUAAAAGGUGGUUUUAUGGGAUCAGACUUGUUUUAUGACUGAUUUGUUUUGUCUUAAAUUGGAACUGGCCUUACAUUCAGUGAACAAACAGGUAAUAUCAAACAGGCUUGUUACCUAAUUGUUAUAAAGCUGUAGUUGUAAGAUGAAAAGUGUUUCCAACAAAGAAAAUGCCUUUUACUACCAGAUGAAGCAAAUAUGACACAGCCAUUUUUACCAAAGAAAUAGUCAAAGGGAAAUCUUUAUUGUGAUUUGUAUGGAACAUUAAGUUUUGCAGCUUGCUCUAAACAGUAAAAUGCUUUAAUUCUAACUUAACUUAGCUUAUUUUAAAUGAAAAAAAAACAGAUGCAUUCUGAAUACUGGAGAAUUUUCUUGGGAUGUCCUGCCAAAUGUCUGUAAUACUAUACUGUAAUUCUAAAUACUGUACAGAUCAGAUAUUUCAGCAGUAUUUCACAGUGGCUGAAAGAAGCAAAGGGGAUACAGUAUCAUAUCACAAUAACUGAAGCAUUGGCACAAGUCAUUGCUGAAUCUGAGUGCUGCAAAACUGUUUUUUGUGAUUGUAAUUUAUACAGAACACAGAAAUGUCUCAAAUGUUCUUAUACGGUUCGUACAAUCCAUCCAGUCUAGUUGGUACUUCUUGCAGCAUGCUGUUCCUUAGACUCCUCUCAGAGCAUAGAGGUGUUGAGUAGGUAAAAUACACUAAAGCAAGGUGAAUAUGACUAGUUGUCUUAUACAUAGAGUUGUAACAUUGCUGUUAAUGACUUACAAUAUGGCUUUAGUUGCCUUAAUUAAAUGGUAUAUAAUGCAUUCAGCAAUUGAAAAGUAUGCAGCUAAUAGAAGAACAGUUGAUUGCAUUAGUUGCCUUCGCUAAUUCAAAAAAAGAAGAAAGACUUCCAUUUUAAGAAAGGGAAAAGUAAAGCCCUCAAAUAGUUUCUUCUCUCAACAAAAGUGUAAAGAAAACCCAGGCAGCAUUUGCAGACUCCCCAGGGACGCAAAAGGAAGAAAUAACUAAGCUGAAUUUCAUCAAACUGGUCAUUUCUGUUUGAACAUAGAUAAAGGAACACAGGAAAAUUAAAUGGAUGGAAUUCCCUUUCUCUGUUUUCCGUUGUACCCUUUUUAUACCAGAAAUCCUAGCAUUGGCUGCUUUGCAGAUGAGGGAUAAAAUACAGUCUGAUAUAUGCUUUUUUGUGUGGUUCAUUUUGCAGCUUUAACUGCAGGUUAAAGCCCAGGUAAAAAACAAUGGGAAAUAUGUAAGUAUUAAGACUUUGAACACUGAACUCUGAUAAAGAUUUCCUUUGCUAAUAUACCGUGUCUAUUGUAUUUUGCCUUGGAGUUUCUAUGCACUAUAAAAACCAGACUGCAUUUAUGUUUUUUUAUAUGAAAUCAUCGUUGAUGUAACAGCAUUGUUCUUGUAGCAAGUAGAUAUUUGUAGUGUAUUUACUUCUGUACAUUGUUUGAAACAGAACUUCUUUGGUAGAAAAUUAUAUUUUAGGAAUUCAGUAGUAAAAAAGUCAACUUAGGUCUAAGAACUAGAUUCUGAAUAAAGCAGAAACCAGUAUUGUUUGCAACAAAACAGGCUAGGUACUACAUGGGGGAAAAAGCACCUUUUAAUUGUAAAUGGUAAUGACUUAGUUCUUCCUUCACUGAGCAUUCCUUUGAUCUUGAAUUGGUGAUAUGAAGCCUUGGCCAACGUAAACAAGUUACAUUAAUAGAUGCUUUUUGAUGUUAACAAACAGGGGCUACACUGGAAGCAGGCAGGAACUAGGGAACCUGGAUUAAUCAUGGAUUUUAGAUCUAUGAUGUGUUACUUGUAUCAGGACUGUAUUAGGUUGGUCAAAUUGGCUGCUGUAACUGUAGUUUGGUCUUGGCCUGCCUCUAACAUGUUCUGCUUGCCAUAUCUGCCACGGAUCUGAUACUUAUUUUUAGGUUGACAAGUAUUUUCAUCUUAGCAAAUGGAUUAAUUCCUCAUAUAUCUGCCUAGAUUUAAACCUUCUUGAGUUGCCCUACAGAGGGAAACAAUAAAUAAUACUAAAUUGGCAGAAUUAACCAUUGUAACUUCAAAGGCAUGCAUGCUACCUUCUUACUCCAGAUGCCACCUAGGAAGCUCUGGAAACACAGAAAUGUGUAUUUUGAGAAAACAUGUUGUAUAUGCUCAAAAUGUUCUUUCUACUUUGUAUAUCAGUAUGAUGCAAACAUAGCCUUCAACAGAUCAAAAACUUGGCAACCUUAAGCAAAAUUCUAGGCAAUAACUUUUUACCUCAUUCAAGCCAGGAGAUACUGAAUAAGAGCCAAAACAAUUCUCAAGAUAGUUCUUUCAAACAGCAGUUGGAGCUAAGUGUAGGGAUUCAUAAAAGUAGUUAUAAUAACACUGGUCUGUAAUAAAUGGCUUAUGGUUAGAUUCUGCCUACUAGUACUACAUUCAUUUGGCAGAUCUUGACUUCCAAGAUCAAAUCCUUGUUUUCUUGCAAGAGGGGAUGUGUUAUUGUUUUCUAUACCAACAAAAACCUUAUCUGUUUCUUGAAGAUAAAAGAUUAAAAUCUGCAAAAGGGCUGUUUCCUAGCACUUCGGGGUAGUCACUGUGAAUUCUAGCUUCUCUUAGGUCUAAAAUGGACACAAGCACCUGUGAGACCAGAUUCUUACAGAAGGCUGACAAAUACUGGAAGGGUUUCCAGACUGUGAGGUCAGAUAAAGCUAUGUGAAUAUUUCUUUAGGAUGGAGACCUAAGAACUACACAGUAGUGGCCAAGAUACUUCAGUCAAUAGCUAUAGGUCAUUUGGCACAAUCCUGAGGGGGAGAGAAACUCAGCAGUAUUGAUGCUGAUACUGAAAUCAUCAUCUAUGUGCCUCUAACUGUUUUUUCAGCCAAAGAAAAUGAGAUCUCUAGACUUUCUUUACAUUUUUUAAUUCUCAGCACUUAGUGUUGGGAAGCUGAAGGUCAAUUGAAAAAAAAAUGGAUUGGUGUCUUUGAUGUAGGGGCAGUUUUAGCUGAGUGGUCCCCCAAGCAUUGAGCUAUUCAGAACAGUCAGGCUAACUAGUUAGCCACAUCUUGCUGCUGUUCUAGUUGAGUGCUCCCUCAAAAUAAGAAGGAACAAGGAGUAAGGAAGAAACCUGAUUGAGGAUAGUUGCAGUAACGUGGGAGGGACCUGCAGGUGUUCCGUAAGGGUCCUGACAGACAGACAGUAGGAGCAGAGAUGACUUGCAAUUAGAUGUGUACAGGGAAGACAGAGUGCAGGUCUGUAGGAGAGAACAUUGUUUUUUGUACUGUGCCAUUCAGAAUGUUUGAAAGGUCAGUACAGUGACUGAAAAUCUGCACUUACAGAGGUGAAAACACAAAGUCAAGUGAUAUGUUUCAUAAGUGAACUGGAAGUUACAUCUUUAGCUGUUUCGCCACUGGUUUUAAAUGUUUUUGUAGUCAUGUUACUUUCUUAUGCCAGAACAUCCAUAUAUGAUGCAUUAAACUAUUCAUUUAAGAGAAAAGUAAUGUGAGUUCCAAACUUUACAACUUUUUACUGAAACUGAGUUGCUUAAACUUACUGUUGAUAACCAAGUUAAUUUUGUAGUUGUUUUGUAAGGCUUUAAACUUGUAAUGUUUGUCUUUGCCAAAUGGGUUGGUUUUAUUCCAUACAGAAACUUCACUGAUUUGUUUUUCCAUUCAGCCUGUUACUUAACUAAAUCAAUUUUUUUCUUAUUAUUAUUAAGGUAAUAUUUCUAGCAGCUGACUUCUUGAAUUAUUUUCAAAUUGGCAUUAAAAGUUAUAUAACAGUGCCUUGAAGGAAGGAAUUUGUUUACUUAAGUUCAUUUUUUCUUUUGCAGUAUGUUUGUUAAAAGUUUCAGUUAAAGGGACAUUGACAGCAAAAUAUAUUUUUCUAGUGAAAGACUACUAAGUCUUUGUCAUGCUUGCUUUAUUUUACAUUCUGAUUUUGUACUCUGUGCUUACUCAACUGCUUUGUUUUGCUUGAGCAGUAGGAUGUAUACAGAAAAUGGAAUAGGCUCUGUAUGUUUGAUGUAAAUGACAUAACAAGGAAAGUAGUUGUGAGUAGUGAGUUGAUAAUAUUGUACUUAUGAAUAGUUUCAAUA